UGGCCCUUGGUUGGCUUGUGUUUCUUCUGUUAGUGGGCAACAGUGUUGUACUUGGAAACUCACUCAACUACAGUAUAUUGCAAAGAUGUAUGAAGGAUAUCGACACGUUCCUUUGGGAAUUAAACCAGGACAAGCCAAAGGAAUAUGCUGCUCUCAUGUAUGACUCCUUUGGAAAGAUGGGCAGCAGUGUUAAAGACGGUAACGUGAACCAGCCUGGUUCGCCGCAGCAGUGUCGCUCUGCCAUCAGCCCCAGCUUCUCUACACAGUACUGCCAGGUGUUCCUGAAGCAGGGAGCAGCGCAGUAUUUUGUGGGUAUUUGUGUUCCUGACUCAUGUGGGGUAGACGAUGUGAAGCAGCUGGUGCAGUGUGACAGACUUCAGCUUAACCAGAAGUCCCUGCUUAGUCCAUUACCUCCAAUCCUGACCAAUCAGUCUUCUCGGGAGCUAAUCAUGACUCACUGUAUGGCUGACGCAGUUGCUCUUGAUGCAUCAGACAUCGCCUGCAUGUGUGUGUGUUGUGUAAUGUUAGCCAUUCCUCUUGUGGCCACUCUGUUCACAGCCUUAAGAAGAUCAGAGCUGAGCAGCAAGGUCAAUCCCACAAUAGAGUUGUCCCAUUCAAACUCUUAUGGCACCCUGAAAACCAAUGGCUUGUCCAGCAAAGAAAUGAAUGGGGGCACAUUAGAGGAAAAUGGCAGAAUCGGCCCUGCUGGACAGUGUCUUUCUCGAAGCUGUGUUACCAGCUGCUUUCAAGCACUCUCCUUGCAGACAACAAGCAUGGGAGUCCUCAGCACCGCCUCCUCUUCCCGAUGUGAAAACUAUACCUCUCUGAACGGCAUUCGUGUCCUCAGUUUGCUGUGGAUUAUAUGUGGCCACUCUGCACAGUUCCCAGUUAUUAACAACCUAGAUAACUACAAAAGAUGGAGGAAAGCAGUUGAAAGCAGCCCGCUAUAUGUGCUCACCAUCAGCGGGCCUAUUUUUCUCGCUGUUGAUACCUUCUUAUUGCUGGGGGGUUUACUCAGUGCCAGGUCUUUGCUGAGCUCAAUCGACAAGGCAGAAGACAAUUUAAGUCUCAGUCUGGUUGCAAACUAUCUCUUCAAGAGGAUCAAAAGGCAUGAUAUCAUUUUUAGUAUUUUAGUAUUUUAGUAUUACAGUGCUUUACAAAAUAAUUCAUACCCCAUAGGCAUUGUUCAAGAUUUUAUCAUUGGGAUUUUAUUUGAGAGACCAACACAAAGAACAGCAUAAUUGUGUCAUGGAAGGGAAAUUGAACCUGUUUUGUUGUUUGUUUUACAAUUAAAAAUCAUCUGAGAAAUGUGUGACUUACUGUCUUUAUAAUUAGAACUUCAGAUGUUUACCAACUUUAGCGAAUGAAAGUUUUGCCCAAACUACUUUGCAAAAUACCUCAAGCUCAGUCAGAUUGGUUGAGAGAAUCUACACAGACGUUUUCCACAAUUGGACUUCAAUCUGGACUUUGAUGUUUCCGUUGUCUAUAAGCAUGUUUUCCAUUAUAUUGAUUGAUUUACAACCUGAUACUCUGAAUUUUUCUUAGCUUCAUCCCUGACCUGUCUGCUUUGUUCUUUGGUCGCCGCGAUGCUGUUUGUUCACUAAAUUUAACUGAGAACUAUACAAUUCUUCCACAGAACUGCUGGAUAUAUAUUUAGAUAACAUUUUGCACAGGUGGACUCAUAGUUUUGG